UUGUGCAACAUAUCAAUAAAUCGAUUAUAGAGAGAGUUAAAAACAUGCAAAUGUUUUCUCUAAAUUUUUUAAUGUAUACUAUCGGUGGUGUAUGGCGACCUGUCGAGUGGUCAUCGAACGUUGCUAAGCUACUGUACAAUGUGUUUACUUCUAUUGUAUUAAUUUUAUUAUACUUUUUGAUGAUAACCCAAUUUAUGGAUAUUAUUUUUGUUGUCGAUAAUAUCGAUGACUUUGCAACAAAUACUCUAAUGUUCUUAACUAUCGUCGCUGUUACUUGUAAAGCAACUAUCGUUGUAGUACGUCGGAAUGCUAUCAUCAACUUGGUACAAGUAUUGUUGACGGCACCUUGUAAACCUCGAGGUGAGGAUGAAAUGGCAAUACAAACAAAAUUUGAUAAAUUUAUCAGAUCAUGCUCGAUAAAAUAUUCACUUUUGGCAACAAGUUCUGUUACUGGUGUCACAAUAAGAUCUGUGCUAAACGUUAUACAAGGUCACUUACCUUAUCGCGUAUGGUUACCGUACAAUUUUAACAAUACAUCUCCAAUGUUCUUGAUUACAUCCAUUCAACAGAUCAUAACUGUGAUUUUUGUUACUAUUAUUAACGUUGGCACGGAAACUCUAGUUUUUGGAUUGUUUCUACAAACAUGUGCUCAAUUUGAAAUCUUUGAAAAUCGUCUACACAAAUUAAUAGCCAACAAAACUAGCGAAAAAUUAAUAAAAGAUAAAAUUAGAUGUAUAGAAAAAUCACUUUCUUCGCCAAAUAAUAACAAAGCGAUAAUAUCAAAAUAUGUAUAUCAUCAUCUCAAGAUUUACAAAUAUGCUAAAACAGUAAAUGUUAUAUUCAAUCAGGUACUCUUUGUCCAAUUCUUUGGCAGUAUAUUGGUAUUAUGUACAAGUGUAUAUUAUCUGUCAACACAUAGUACGCUGUCUGAAACAGCUACUUUGAUAGUGUAUACUAUUUGCAUGUUUGUACAAAUUUACGUUUAUUGCUGGUCCGGAAACGAAGUCAUACUUAAGAGUAUGAGCGUAGGAGAUACAAUAUAUUGUAUGAAUUGGCCUUUAUUAUCGGUUAAUGAUAGGAAAGAACUGUUAAUGAUUAUGUUACGCAGUACACUUCCUAUAAAAUUUACCAGUAGCUUCUUGAUAACUUUGUCUCUUCAAUCUUACAGCAAUAUUUUGAAAAUAUCAUAUUCGGCAUUUAAUGUACUACAAAAAUGAGACAUGAAUGAAAAGUAAAGAAAAGUGCUCUUAAACAUGAUAAUAAAAGCUAUUGUAGCUA